CUUAAUGGAAUGCACUAUCUGCUCGUCUAUUAUUGUUUUUUUUUUUGAGCAUUCGAUUGGAUUGGGAUAGGAUUGGAUAGAAGCUUGCUAAAAAGACAAAGAACCAGCAUAAAGAUGCCUCGCCUAGUCAAUGGACGCGAGGCCGCACCCACAUACUCUAAUUUGGUCGGCUUCAUAUUCAUUUUUAAUCUCAUUGUGGGAACUGGAGCCCUAACACUGCCUGGAGUUUUUUCUAGGGCAGGCUGGAUGCUGAGCCUCAUCGUUAUUGUUCUACUGGCCAUCAUAAGUUAUAUGACCGUAACCUUUAUCAUUGAGGCUAUGGCCUGUGCGAAUGCCAUCAGGAAUUGGCAAACUCUGCAGGCCUUGCGACAGAGUCGAAGUUCCGCUGAGAACAGUGAAAACGAUGAUAAUGCUGAUGAAGUCUCUCUCACAUCGGGAGCAGAUCCAGUUGGGGACUUCGAGCGGGUUCCGUUGACCAUCCAAAACCGGGAGUUUCAUUACUACCAGCUCUCCCACAAAUUCGAACUGGGCGAAAUGGCGACACUAUUCUUUAACGAAUUCGGCCGUGUAAUGUUCUAUCUCUGCCUGAUAGUUUAUCUUUACGGGGAUCUAAGCAUUUAUUCCGCCGCCGUGGCAAGAAGUCUGCGUGACGUUGUAUGUGAUCAAACAAACGGAACGGACACUAACAACUUAAUGUAUUGGCCAGGAGACUUCAAGAAUAAUACAUCACGGGCCUGCUGGAAGGAACACACCAUAUCUCGCUUAAGCAUGUACAGAGUGUUUUUAAUUGGAUUCACUCUGAUCUUCGGUCCAUUUGUUUGCUUUAAUGUACAAAAAACAAAAUACUUGCAGAUGCUCACUGCUGCCUUCCGAUGGAUGGCUUUUACCCUAAUGAUUUGCAUAUCGCUAAAACUUUUGAUCACUAGAGGUCCCAAAGGACACCCGGAGACCUUCAACGUAUAUGGUAUUCCUCCGCUUUUUGGCGCUUGUGUGUACUCGUUUAUGUGUCAUCAUUCGUUGCCCAGUUUGUUGGCACCCAUUAGGCAAAAGUCUAUGGUUUCGAAAAUUCUCUCUUUCGACUAUAUUAUUAUCUGUGCAUUUUACAUUUUACUAGCCAUGACUGGUAUUUUUGCCUUCGAACGAAUAGAAGAUCUUUACACAUUGGAUUUUCUGCCCUACGAUGUGAACUACGUAGAUUUUUGGUCAGGUUUAUUAAUUUGCAUUGAUUAUUUCUUGGCCCUUUUCCCCAUUUUCACACUGUCCACCAGUUUUCCCAUUGUGGCCAUAACCUUGAAAAACAAUCUUCAAUCACUUUUCCUGGACAUGUCACAAUUUGAAUCAUAUAGUCUUUUUGUGCGUGUGUGGUUCCCUUUACUCGCCAUAAUUCCGCCGUUUUGUAUCACUUAUUUUACGGAGAGUUUGUCCAGUUUGGUGGCAUUUACUGGCACCUAUGCUGGCACAGGCAUUCAAUACAUAAUCCCGGUCUUCCUAGUUUACUUUUCGAGACGCACUUGCUCAGAGCUCCUGGGAAGCGGAGUAAUCAAUCGUUUUCAAAGUCCUUUUAAGUCCAGUGCCUGGCUCGUUUUCGUUUUUAUUUGGUCUAUUCUAUGCGUCUGUUUGGUAUCCAUUAAUUUGUUUAGUUAGGCUUAACUAUAUCCAAAAAUAUAGAUUAUUUUAUGGCAACGAGUUUAUUACCGGUUAAUAAAGUUACCUACAUAUUUGUACAUAUUUACAACUGGAAAUGAUAAAAUGUAAGCGAAUUUAGCAAUGUAAGUGAGUAUUGAUCGGCUGUGAACUCAAAUUUUCAAUAAAAUUUAUGUAUAGGGUCUGA